AUGUCCGCACCUCUCGCAGUUAUGAUUCCUAACAGCCGGUCAAAACAGGUUUUGUUUGCAUUCCUAUGUGUGUCGCCAGUGCUCGCUUUACCCGAAUGGACGCCUCCGCUCAGCACGCGUGGCCGUUAUGUCGUCGACGCGACGGGCGCACGCUUCAAACUCCACUCCGGCAACUGGCACGGUGCAUCUGGGACUUGGACCGGAGUUGGUGACCAAAACAACGAUGACAAUUCACACUAUAACGAAAACUCGCACAAUCUGCCGCUUGGCCUACAGUACAUGCCCAUCGACACCAUUCUCGACGCUUUCGAAUCACUCGGUAUCAAUUCCAUUCGCCUGCCGUUUAGCAACCAGAUGAUCCAUGACCCGACGCCCAUCCUGGAUUGCUGGGUUGCAGCCAACAGCUCAGGGCAUGACGCCUCUCCAAGUCUACGUAGAAAUCGAUGGUGCUGCGGUGUAGGUGAUGGAAACGAACGGUGGAAUGAGAGUCAGACGACGCAACAGUGGGCAGACGAUUGGGUGAUGAUGGUCAAGCUCUUCAAGGACAAUCCGCGCGUUGUCGGUGCCGACUUGUACAACGAAGUCCGACGAGACGUCCUCAUUGAUCCAAACUGGGGUUGGGGUGGUCCAGUGGACUGGCAAGCCGCAUCACAAUGGGCAGGCGAUCGAAUUCUCACAGAAGCGAAUCCGGAUAUUCUCAUCAUUAUCGAAGGCAUCAACUGGGUCGGCCUUCCUGUUGAUGGUCUUCCACAUGGACGACCGACGCUUAGCGGCGCAGCCACCAUCAGCCAUACGCUCGUUCAGUCGGACAAGUUGGUGUAUGCGGCACAUUUCUAUUCGUAUACAGGACCCAACCACAGCGGCGCGUUCGGGAUAGGAGAGACCCAUGAUCCACGCUAUCGAGAUCUCAAUCUGCAGCAGUUGAGGGAUGUCGUAGAGUCGUCAGCGACAUUUGUCGUCAACCAGCCGGACAAGCACUUUACACGGCCUCUUUGGAUCAGUGAGUUUGGUAUUCCAGGACGCGGAAUCAUAUCCGAUGCGGACAGAAACUGGUUCGACAACUUCCUCUCCAUUCUCAAGACCAACGACCUCGACUACGCCUUCUGGCCACUGAUCGGUUAUCUACGCAACGGACAAGGCAACGGUUGGGCGUUGAUCAACUACGACCUCUCGAACAACCGCCAGGAUUCGCUUAAUGACGGCAAUGACUGGCGGCGUGAUCGAUGGUACGACCUUGUCAACGCCACGACACUCAAGGGAAGUGUCAACAACUCGACCAAUUGGCGGAUGAUCAACGUUGACCGCGGUGACUACAUCAAGAGUAGCACUAUUGUCAACAAAAAAUGGGACUGGGAUAGCGGCGCACGAAAGGGAGCGUGUACGGACAACUUGCGGCUGAUUGGCCUCAGCCGAAGUCUGCAUCGUGGGCUCUGUACAGAUGCAGUCUAUGGUUCCCAGCUGUGGAACUCUGCGAGAGACACCGUCGUCGUGACCAACGAGCAAUACGUUAGCACGGACUGGGCCUCACGAUAUACAAAACUUCAAUGCCCACCUGAUCACUUUGUGAUUGGAUACAGUUUCCGCGGCUCCAGGCCAAGUUCUGUUGUCUGUGCAAAGUCGGACAGGCAAGGUGGGCUAGGAGGCAGGGGACGAACAAUGUGGUUCGAUCGUGGUGACUCGCGAGGAAGUGGUGGUGGCGGCGACUUUGCGGUCCAGGAUUACAAGGGGCAGUGUGCCGACGACGAGUACAUUGCUGGUAUCGCGUAUACAAACCGCGUGGACGGGGGCGCACCCGCAGCGUUGUAUUGUCGGUCGUAA